AUGAUGUCUGAGAACUACUUUUAGAAACGUUAAAAGCUUAGAAUAGGAGAUUAGCCUUUUUUUGUUAACUUUAAUAACAGCACUAAACACCCAAGAUUGGAAAGCUUCACUGAGAUGAUUAUAAUAUCAUGCUGUCCAAGAUUAACUGUUAAAUCCAUAACUUUCAUGAUUUUUUUAAUUGAUAUUGCAAUCUACAUAGGAUGCUUUUAUUAUGCUGGAAUAGAUAAUAAUGGAGAACUUUUUACUCCUAAUUAGAAGGCUCUCUUUGAUUUUGGAUAAAAAUAUCCAUAUUUUAUUAUAUAUCAAAAGUAAUUUGAGCGUUUUAUAGGAAGUAUGUUCCUUUUUGCUAAUUUUAAGCAUAUAUUAGUAUCAUUGGUUUGUCUCCUUGUUUUUGGUAGCUAUGUAGAAGCCCUGAUAGGUUUUAAAAAAAUGUUUCUUAUUUAUAUAAUUGGAGGAUAUAGUGGAACUUUAGUUAGUUGCCUCAUGAGCGAUAGUCCUGGGGUUGAUGGAACAAAUCCCGUUGCAUCUUUCUUAGGUGUGUUAUUUGGCUUUCUUUUGAUUAAAUGGGAUAAAUGGGAUUACCCUGGAUCAGGGAGAACCUAAAUGCUUAUGAUUUUGAUGUUUGGAUUAACUGCUAUUUUCACUUUAGGUUAUAUAUUUACUUUGGUAGACACUCUAGCUAUGGUUGGAUCACUUUUAAUUGGUGUUUUAUUUAUAUUUGGAGUUUUCGAAGAAGCAGAUGAUAAUAGGUACGCUUCUAAUGACAGCUAUAUAGCAAAGAUAAAAUAAUAAAAUGAAAAUAAUAAAUGCUCUCGUUAUUUUUCCCUUUUCUUAAUAAUUUUCUACUUAGUAUGCGGUACUUUAGCAUUCUUUUUCAUGAGAACUCCUAAAAUAAUAUGA